AUGAAGCCAUCCUGUGUUGUACUUGCUUCAAGCCUUCUUCUAGCCACUCUUGCAGCUGCAGGUGCUUCUUCAUCUUCUCCUCCGUCUUCCCUCGGCAAGCAUCCAGAGCAGGUUCUACUAGGUCGCAAAGGCAGAGAACUCGGCCAGUCAUCAGGAAACCAUUACCAGCAUCAGAGCAAGCACAUGCAGAUGCUGCAGCCUGAGGAAGUGGCUAUGGAGGUGAAGAAACUCGAGGAGGAUGCGGAGGCAAAGGCACGGUGGACGGCAGAUAAGGGGGAGGAUGCCGAGGCAGGGCUGAUUUACAGCGCGGACUACAGUGGCGUGGCCAUGCAUGCUGGCUCUCCGCCGACCGCGAAGCCCAAGCACAGGCACCCCACCAAACCAUAG